CUGCAGUUCUCCCUGGAGCCUGAGCCCAUUGCUGUUAAAGCUUUCAACCACAACGGCAACCUGCUGGUCACGGGGGCUGCAGAUGGCAUUGUUCGUCUCUUCGAUAGGCAGCAGCACGAGUGUGCCAUGAGCUGGGAGGCUCAUGAUGGGGAAGUCUACUCCGCUGAGUUCAGCUAUGAUGAGAACACACUCUACAGCAUAGGUGGGGAUGGCAAGUUUAUUCAGUGGAACAUUCACAAAAGUGGCUUGAAGGUGUCCGAGUACGACCUCCCCAGCAAAGCCACAGGUCCUUUUGUUCUGUCUGGGUACAGUGGCUACAAGCAAGUCCAGUUCCCAAGAGGAAGGCUUUUUGCUUUUGACUCUGAGGGCAACUAUAUGGUGACAUGUUCUUCUACUGGGGGAGUCAUUUUUAAGUUAAACGGUGAGGACAAGGUGCUGGAGAGCUGCCUUGCCCUGGGAGGACACCAAGCUCCUCUUGUCACAGUGGACUGGAGUACAGCCAUGGACUGUGGGACCUGCCUCACUGCCUCCAUGGAUGGGAAGAUUAAAUUAACAACCUUACUGGCUCAAAAGUUUUAA